UAACAAAAAAUACGACGAAUUCAGAACACGCAAUCCGACGGAUAAGGUCACCGGCGUCACCGUUCGUACGGACGGCGUAAUAAUAAUCCUCGCCCCUCGCAGCUGUCUGCGCACGAUCCCCGAUCUCACUCACUCGCGUAGCGCGAGAGAGGGACCACGGCGUCCGCCCGACCGCGCGCUCGUCGGUCGGAUGACGCGGCCAGUUGGUCCCCGCACCAUGUCCGGGUCGCACGUGCGCCGUUCGGAUCGCGUCAUGCUCAGCGAAAAAAACAUUCUCUCAGAAUUUCUAAAAUUAUACAAAACAUUCCCAUGCCUUUGGGACCAAAAGCACAUGAACUAUGCCAAUAGAGAAGCACGCGACACUGCGUAUGAAGAGCUCUUAGAGAAGUAUAAGUUGUACGACGAAAAUGGCACGGUGGUUGAUGUUAAGAAGAAAAUUGAAUAUAUGCGGUGUGCAUACCGACGCGAGCGCAAAAAGGUGCUUAUGAGUAGAUUUCGUGGGGGCCAUUACAAACCACAUCUCUGGUACUACCACCUUUUGACAUUCCUACACGAGGAUGAAGAGCAAGACGGAGACAGUGAACAACAGGAGUUCAAAAACGAAUCCACGUACGAUGAUAGUUAUCAGGAAACACAACUGACUGUAGACUCCGAUGAAGAGGAAAUUAAACCAAAACGACCGAAAAUAACGCACAAUUCUUCCAACAACAUGUAUGUAGAACAUCUUCAGAACGAAGAAGAAUACCUGGAACCAGAAAUACUGGAACAGGAACCGGAACCCGUGGGACUAUCUCAUUCCUACAUCAUCAACAACGAGGCAGAGGCGUUCGGACGAACCAUUGGGUUCCAACUCAACGAGCUAACACACAUGCAGAGAAUUUUAGCGGAGAAACUAAUUUCGGACGUCAUAUAUCAAGCUAGACUGGACAAAUUAACUGUUGAUACUACAAUAGCCUCUGAUGAUUAAUGGGGUUGGCAGCAAUGGCAACUGUCAAAGGUUUGCAUAGGUGGCGCCACAUAGCUUGCCCCUUUUUCUUAAAGAUUUGACUGAAAGGGCUGGCAUCCAGGCCAUAAAAUUUCAUUAAAAAAAAAUUGACACAAUUCUAGGGAUUGACAGGGCAAGCUAAUGCUGGCGCCAUCUGCUAAAUACUUCGACCGGCCAACCCCAUUUA